CUUCGCCCUCUAGCGCCCUCACAUGAAUUUAAAAUAUCGUAUAAGGCAACCGAACAACAACCGAACGAUUAAGAAAGAAAUAAGUCCCCCAUAAAACAGAUGGCGCUCAAAUAAUUUGGGUUCAGAAACUAUCUCAACUUUGUAAACCACAGUCAAACAAGAUGAAAAGUGAAAAAUACUGUGAAAAAUGAAACAAAACAAUUUGUCAAACAAUAAUUAAGUUGACAUGUAGAUUUUUGCUAUCACCACUUCAUUGAUUUCAAAAUACUAAAGUAUAAUUUACUAAUUUUAAAUGAUUGUGAUUUGAAUUCCCUUUUGAAUUUAAUGAAACUAAAUUACCUAGUUACAUGUCAUGGAGCAUAACAUCAAUGGAACAUCAAAUGAUAAGAAAUGUCUCAAUAAAGCAAAAUCUCAAUCCAGUGGGCAAGCUAAGAAAGUCGCAUGUGAGCCUGCAAAGCAUAAUUCGUUUAUUACAAACCAAGCAGUCAGAUCUCUGGACGUGGCGUUAGGCAGAUUGAAGAAAAGCAAACUUGUAAAUGGUGAAUAUAAAACAAGCACAUCUCAUGCGAGUCCAAGUAGGAGCAGAACAGACGACAUGUUCAUAGACACUAUAGACAGUCUUACAAGUCCCAGUGGUAAUAUGAGUGAUCUUGAAAACACAUCUCUAAUUUCUAUGAACUUUUCACACUACGAGCUCAUACGUAAUGUUUCACAAACCAACUGUAACUCUGAUGGCGCUUUUAGUAAUACCACCAGUGAUAUAUUUUCUAGUCUUUCGGACAUCACUUUAAGAAACGAACAAUUGGAAAGAUAUUUUCGAAGUGCAGAAAUAUGGAGGAGAAACCGUAGAGAUGCUGGUUCGAACAGUAUUCAAGACGGGCUCCGUGAUAAAUGAUAAGGCAUCAAAAGUUUCACCAUCUGAUCAAAAACUCGUGAGAAUAAAAUAAAACUUUCCUAUGAACGAU